AUGCUCUCAGAGUGCUUCAUCGCGUCGACUCUGACGUCCGGCAAAGCUCCUGCAUCAGCAUCGCUGAGAGAUGUUGGAAUCUGCCUCCAAGAGUUCCAGCCUGCUCCCGCGCUGCGCUCCACCUUCAAGAAAAGCUCGACAGCUGGCAAUUGUUUGGCAGUGAGUCCGUCGCACGUGUUCGCGGCUCAGUCGGAGAAGGCGAUUGUCCACGUAUAUAGCAGAGAAAAGGGGAACCAAGAAGCAACGGUUCCCUUCCCGGAGCGGAUACGCAGUCUUGCGGUUGCGGGCGGUAAGAAUGGCGAUAUCUUGGUGCUGGGGACAGAGGGUGGUCGUUUGAUCUUGUGGGAGACCUGUACCGGACGUCAAGUGGCUACGACGGCGUCGCAUUUACAACCGGUAACCUCUCUCGUGGUCGAUCGUACUUCCAAUUUCAUCCUCUCCGGAUCAUCUGAUGCGAGCAUUCACGUGUGGUCAUUGGCAAACAUUCUCUCCUUCAUCAAGCCCCCGUCUGGCCGGGAUCGACAGCAACCAAACUCGCCCAUUCGCACAUUUUCUAACCACCGCGCUGCUAUAACAUCGAUCGCAUUGGGCCACAGUGCUGGCCGUUACAAUAUCGCCGUCUCGACCGCAAAGGAUAACACCGCGGUUGCUUGGGACUAUCAUACAGGACGUGCCUUGCGAACUUUCCUUUUACCCUCCUCAGCAACAUGCGUGACAUUGGACCCAGUCGACCGUGCGUUCUACGUGGGAUAUGAGGAUGGUAGCGUUCAAUGCGUUGAGUUCUACAAGAAUCAGUCCGUUCAACAUCCUCUUCACGACCCGUCGUUACAAUCCACCCCGGCCCAGCCGUCAGCGGAGGACCGCUGGCUACCUCCUUCGUCUGACACGGGCGCGGUCCAGUCGCUUGCCCUAUCGUACGAUGGCACUAUCCUAUUAACCGGUCAACAUAACGGAAAGGUUCUUUCGUGGAAUGUCGCUAGACGGAAAUACGCCACGAUCGUAGCCGACUACACACACCCUGUAACCAACUUGUCGAUGCUACCACCAAACGGGCUACCUCACCCAUCCCUCGACCUGACAAGGAUAGCGCAUACGAUUGUCAAACCCCGAUAUGACCAGACACUCUCCGAAUCAUCAGUGAAUCCAGGCGCUGUUCCCGCCGACUACGCCUUCCAAACCCACCUCCUCCCCACCCCCAAAGAUACCCAGAAAUCCAAGACAAAAGCCGACCCCUUCUCCGAAGCCCUGACCCACGCCUUCUUCCCAGACUCAAUGAUGGAAGAAGGCCUCGCCGAACUUGCCGCCCUUAGCCAAGGCCAGCAACAACCCGGCACUCAACAACCAUCCUCAUCCACCGUCCACUCCACCCAAGCUCUCGAAGACACAACCGCCAAAGACACUCAAAUCGCAACCCUUGAAGCCGAGCUCUCCAUACUGAAAAAGAAAUCCACGGUCAGCGAAACCGCCCGCCAGACUACCACCGACGAGGCCACGAAGCUCCGCUCUGACCUGAUCCACCUGCAGGAUUACGUCAAUGAGCUGCAUCAGAAACAGGAGCAGGCGCAGCGGGAGAAGGUGCAGCGGCAGGCUAGAAAGGAGAAGCGUGAGGCGAAGAGGAGAGAGGCGUGGUUUGCGGCUGAGAAAAAGGGAAGGAAUGGGGAUGCGGUGGUGAAAAUGAUGGAUUUGGCUGAUGGGGCGCAGACUAGUGACUCGGAUGAUCAAAGUAGUGAUUGA